AUGGCGGCUUCGGAGGCGGCAGCGGCGGCGGCAACACCGGUGACGCCGACAGAGGGGACGGUGAUCGCGAUCCACAGCCUGGAGGAGUGGAGCAUCCAGAUCGAGGAGGCCAACAGCGCCAAGAAGCUGGUGGUGAUUGACUUCACUGCAACAUGGUGUCCUCCGUGCCGCGCCAUGGCUCCAAUUUUUGCUGAUAUGGCCAAGAAGUCCCCAAAUGUUGUUUUCCUGAAAGUUGAUGUGGAUGAAAUGAAGACCAUUGCUGAGCAAUUCAGCGUAGAGGCCAUGCCAACAUUCCUGUUCAUGAGGGAGGGCGACGUCAAGGACAGGGUCGUUGGCGCAGCAAAGGAAGAGCUAGCAAGGAAGCUUGAACUACACAUGGCCUCGUAGAUCAGUGAUGCCGUAAUGUAGUAUUCGCCUAAAUAAGAGGACGCCUCGCCUCAACUCUGAGAAAACUAGUGCUUCUGUGAUGGUAAUUCGUAUGAGAGAGUGCCCCCUUUGGUGGUACUUCUUCGUAUGUAGUAUUAACUCCUGUCUUAAUAUGUUGCCCUG